UAAAUAAAGAGUAUGUUGGAGUAAACUUUUCUUUUAAUGUCAAUUGCAGAGAAACAAUCAUUUUGAAGUGGACUCUUAAUUUUUAAAGCUUUAUAUAAUAGAUAUUUAACGUUUAUUACAUAUGCAUUAUUUAACAUAAAAGCAAAACAAAAUUAUUUUUUUUUGGUUGUCUAAAAUGUUGAAUUAAUACAUUGACUAUUUUUACUAUAUGAAGAGUCGUCUGAUGAAGUGCCGUCUGGAAUAGUCUUCUAAAAUUAGCACUUUUCUAAACAUCCUGUGUUUUUCUUCAGUUAUUUCAAUUUAAAGUGAUAACAUGUUCUUUGCCAUAAAAGUGAAAAUACUGAACCUACACAUGAGAGUCUGAAAAAAAGCUAAUUUUGAAACAAUUGAUGGAAUUUAGAGGUUUUGCAUCUGAAAUCUUCAAUUUGUAGUCUCAUUACUGUAUGUCAAAAGAAGAGGAAGUAGGACAAUAACAAAUUUGUUGUCGUCAUCAUCUGAUGCAUCCUACAGCGUGUAUCAUCAUAUCAUGAUGAAGUUUGCCAUUGCUGUGGACCUCAAGGCCUAUUUUUAUUUCAUUUUAUUUUAAAGUGUGCUCUUGGUUCAGGCUUGUGGACCGUGUCCUGUCCCUGUGGCCCCUCUGGCUGCGGGUCUGUUGAUCCUAUUGUCUUCUGCAUCAACACUCGUGGUCUGGUGCAUAAAGGGCAUCUGGUUAGCAGCUUAGACUCUACGGCAGGCAUGAAAGGCAGCCAUCAUAGCCCAUUCGCUCAUAUCUGCUCAGUGGUGCGACAAGGACGAGGACAGAGUCUGGGUGACUGGGGGACAGGAGUUCAAUUCGCCCCACAGGGCACCAGGAGCAACGGACUGAACUGGACUGCAGUGGACCCGACAUUGUGCAAAGCUAAUACACAACCAUGGGAGACUGGAGCUUCUUGGGUAAUAUUUUGGAGGAAGUAAAUGAACAUUCAACUGUGAUUGGUCGUGUUUGGCUCACAGUACUAUUCAUUUUCCGAAUUUUAAUUCUGGGCACGGCUGCUGAGUUUGUCUGGGGAGACGAGCAGUCCGAUUACGUGUGCAACACUCAGCAGCCAGGAUGCGAGAAUGUGUGCUAUGAUGAGGCCUUUCCAAUCUCUCACAUUCGCCUAUGGGUGUUACAGAUCAUCUUUGUAUCCACACCUUCACUUGUAUACGUGGGCCAUGCUGUCCAUUACAUCCACAUGGAGGAGAAACGAAAGGAGCGGGAAGAAGCUGAGGUCAGCCACCAGCAAGAACUUUGCGAGGAGCGCCAGGCAAUGGAUCAAGGAAGCGUUCGCACUGCCAAGGAGACCAGCACGAAGGGGAGCAAGAAGUUUAGACUUGAAGGAACCCUGCUGUGCACCUACAUCUGCCAUAUCAUCUUCAAAGCUCUGUUUGAAAUAGGCUUUGUAGUGGGACAAUAUUUCCUUUAUGGGUUCCGCAUCCUGCCUUUGUACAAGUGCAGUCGUUGGCCAUGCCCUAACACAGUGGACUGCUACGUCUCCCGGCCCACCGAAAAGACCAUCUUCAUCAUUUUCAUGCUUGCAGUGGCUUGUGUUUCACUGUUCCUCAACUUUGUGGAGAUUAGCCACCUCGGCUUGAAGAAGAUCCGCUUUGUGUUCCACCGACCAGCUCCAGCACAGUUAGAGUCGCUUGGACCUCCUGAGAGGAGUUUACCGUUUCUUCUAACCACCCCUGUCCAAAAAGCCAAAGGCUACAGGCGCCUCGAAGAGGAGAAGAAAGACGAGGUGGCUCAUAUCUAUCCACUAGCUGAGGUUGGGAUGGAAGAGGGACAGUUCUUCUUACCUCAGCUGGAGAAGGAGCAGAAAAGCAGUCAGGAGGCAAUUCUGCCAACAGCGCCACCUGUAGAGGAGACAAUUAUAUGCGAUGAGACUCAACCCUCCUUCCUUCAGGUCACAGAGACAUUACCAGAGCUCCCAACUGAAGAGCCGCCUAGGGAAGGAGAUGAGGUAGACAGUCUAAAAACUCCAACAGUGCUCCCAGAAGUACUAGAGGAGCAUUCAGAAGGGGAAAGCGUGGAGGAAACAUAUUUAAUUUCACUUGAGGAGAAUUUGGAUGUAGAUGUAGGGAAAGUGGUGACUGAAGAAAAGUUGCUAAGAGAGAGUAGCUUAGUAGAUACUGAGCCAAAACAAGAGGAAAACCUUUCAGGAGAUGGAGAGGAGAAGGAAACCUCACAGGAAAUUGGGGAAACAGAGGAUAGCAACUUUCCAACCAAAAGGCUGAAGGAGGAAGAGGGUUUACCUGAUGUGGUUGAAGAAGCAUCUGAUGAAGAGAGAGAACUUUGUGAGCUUGAGCCUUUUGUGAAUGAGGACACUGUGGAGGAGGUGAAAACUUUAGAUGAUGUGAAUCCUGACGAUCUGGAUAUGUCCAAAAUAUCUGAAGGAGAACAAGAGUCUGAGGCUUUAGCGGAAAAUGUAGCAUCAAAUCUUCCUGACAUAGCGCCUAUUGGGGAUGAAGUGGAUAUGGGAAGGGACAAAGCUCAGAGUGAUGUAGAUGAUAAAGAAGAUGGAGUUCAAAGUGAUGUAGUAGACUCAGGAGUUUUAGAAGAUUUAGUGGAGAUUAAAAAGGUCAGAGCUCUAGAUGAUCUACAAGAUGCAGAAGAUUGUUGUCUAGAUAUAGAUAAGAACGAUCCUUUAGAAAAUGAGGAUAUACCUCUUGACACUGCAGUCAAUACAAGUGGAGAGGAUCUAGAUAAACCUCUAGGACUUUCAGGUGACACUAACCAGUUGAAAACUUUGAGGAAGGAAGAGGUAUCAUUGGGGAUAGAAGAUCCACAGGAGGUCAAAGGCUCUGAGUUGGAAGAGUCAAGACAAGAAGAUGAGUCUGUGAAAACUGGAGACCUUGAGAAGGAAGAAUAUUCUGAAGAAUCAAAAGCCUUGGAGGCUUUAGAGGAGAUGAUAGAUGCUCCACUUGUAGCUCUAGAUUUAGAACCAACAGAGGAAACAAGAUCUUCAAGUCGUCUCAGCAAAGGUAGCAGCAGAGCCAGGUCAGAUGAUCUAACUAUAUGACUGACCAAGAAACAGAAAUUUCAGCAAACAAUUUAUAGAGUUAAUUUCUUUCUCCAAGUGCCAUCUUAUUGAGAAACAAACAUGUUUUCUAGGUCUAGGUUUUGUUAAAUUAUUCAUCCCAAAUGAAGCCCCCCUUUGUGAGAAGCUCUCCUAUGGAAGUAUUAAGGCAGCUAAAUGUGUUCAUGCAUAAAAACCCAUUUACACUGCGCAAGAAAAGAAUUUAAGUAUCAAAAAGUCCCAGGACUUCUUAGCACCCAUUUGGGUAUCACAUGUGUCUGUUUCAAGUUCAGGAGUUUCCUAAAUGAUACAUUACAUUUCUGAAAGCAAACCAAAAGCAACACAGAAUAAAAUCAAAAUGAGGUAACUAUAAACAUCAGCUGAUUUAUAAAACACAGCUAAUUUCUCACAUUUAAAAGUGAUUUUUAUUUUAUAAAUGUCAAACAGUCUUGCAUUUUAAAUUCAUGCGAUCUCUGUCUGUUGCUUUGAAUAGUUAUGUGUAUCUUGACAUGAUUGUUACAUGCUGAUCCUGGGCCAUAGAAACGAUUGUGUUGUUAUUUAUAAAUCUUCUACCAAUUUGUGUAUAAAAUGAACCUUCUUUUUCAGUUACAUCAAGUCCAUAAAAGUAAAUUUUAAAAUAGAUAGCAUAUUGCAAUUGAGAGCUGGUAUUCAUCCACAAUGAAACGAAUAUAACUGCUGUGUGUGUGUGUGUGUGUGUGUGUGUGCAAUGCCUCUUCACCAAUGAUCUUUUACUGGUUUAUGUUAAGAAGUUCCCAAAUAAAAAAGGUAACAAAAUAA